AUGGAAACACUUGCGAAACAACAACAACAACUUAAAAUUGAAUUAAAGAAGAAGAAGGAUAUUUGUCUUAAUGAAAUCCAAGCCUUCAGAAUAGAUAUUAACAAGACUAUCGAUCAACUUGAGCAAACUACCAUUAAAGAUUUAGAUGAUCAGUUCAGUGCGUUAGACCAGAGUUUUGAAAAUGAAAUGCAGGCCGUUCAGAAAACGCUCGAUGAUCUGAGAAAACAGAAAUUAUCUGCAGAGGCUUCUGAUGUGAAUACAUCACAGCAGUUUGUCAGCUUGAAACUCUGUCAAACAGAAAUUACAGAAGCAGAAAAUCUUAUAUCUGGUGGAUCACUGAGUAUAGACAAGAAUAGCUUAUGUUUUGAAAGGAACUCCGAAAUGUUAGCUUUUCUGCAGUCUCUUUAUUCACUAGACAAACCUCAGUAUCAAAUGACUGAACAGAGAGUACUCCCAAGGAGAACGAAGGAAUCAUUGUAUCAAGUGAAAGCCAAAUAUUCCUUCAAUGUUAAGCUGCCGAAAGACCAAAAGACAUGUAGCAUAUCGUCAAUGUGCUUGCUUGACUCUGGUUAUCUACUUGUAACCGAUAAUAGAAACAAAGUACUAAAACUAGUAGAUGGUGUAAAGAAGAAGAUUAGAAACUCAGUUGAGAUGCCUGAUGCAUCAAAUUCAGUCGAUACAAUAAAUGCUGAGGAAGCCAUUGUCUGCCUGAAGAAUAAUAGUUUGCAGUUUGUGUCUACUCGAGAUAAGCUUAUGCUAACCCGUAGGUUAAAGACAGAUCAUUGUUGUUUAGGUGUCUGUGUCAUUGCCAGUUACAUAUUUGUUACUGAUGGCAGGGACAGGAACAUUUUUAAAUAUGACAUAAAAGGAACACUUCUGAAAAAAAAUUCUGGUAAUGAAAUAUUUUUCUGGAAUCGUUAUAUUUUAGGAACUAAAGACGAGAAUGCGAUAUAUGUGACUGAUGAUAACAACGGAUUGAUAAAAAUGGACUUGGAGGGUAAUAUUAUCUGGAACCUUUCGGGAGAAGGUUUGAAAAAUGCGUUUGGCUUAUGUUCAGAUGGGCUUGGCAACGUGUUUGUUGCCGAUAGUGCAUCACACACUGUCGUACAAGUAACAUCUGAUGGAAAGUGCCUUGGCGAUGUAGUAGCAGAACCUAGCCGUGUUUACAAACCAUAUGGAGUGUGCUUUAACAGUAAGGCAUCGAAAUUGUUUGUGUCUGGAAACUGUUGUAACGACAUUUAUGUGUAUUCUCUGGAAUAG